AAACAAAAGCAGAUAUACUAAUCAACCAAAACCUAAAAUGGCUACAAAACUUAUAGUCCUAUGCUGCUUUCUAACGUACGCAUUGGCUAUGGCCGCAGCAUUAUCGGAAGGUGAUUCCCCGGUAGCAAGGAAGUUCGGUGGAGAAGACGGGCCAAGAGAGGAGGCAGAAGCACCUGAGAUUUUAAAUUCAGAAGAGACUGUACGGCGAGGCCACCACCAUUCUACAGUGGACAGAUCGGUGGCUGGCGGUGGGGUUAUUCUUGGCGGUUUAGCAACUACGUUUCUCGUGGUGGUGUUUUGUUAUCUAAGGGCCACCAGGAAACACAAACCCAAUUUUGCUGACGAGACAGGGACUCCUAAGGUUUUAGUUUGA